GCGGAGGCCCCCUCACGGGGCGGCGCUGCCAUGGCGGCGGUGGCGGCGGGGAAGGCGGCGGGCGCGGCCCACGCUCACGGCGAGGGACGCGGCGGCGGCGGCUUCCUGGGGCCGCGGGUGCCCGCUGAGGUGGAGGCGAUGGCGCGGGGCGUGCAGGAGGUGGGCCACGAGACCUUCCGCCGCCUCCUCAGAGUCACUGUUAAUGCAUUGGAAGGAAAAGACUGCAAAGAAUCUGUCAAGCUGAUUGCAGAAAGCACUAGUCUCUCAGAAGAGCAGCUUGCUUUCCUCAUUUCUGGCAUGUAUACCCUUCUCCGAGAAGCUCUGAGACUCCCCUUAUCGACUUUCAAACAAGAAGUUUUUAAGGAAGACCUAAAGGAGCUCAGGAUACCAGAAGAUUUCAUCACGGACUUUUCCAGUAUUGUCUUUGGUAACAGGCGUCCUGUUUCUGAAGGCACAGCUCUGAUGCAAGGAAGUAGGCUGCCAAAUGUCCAGGACUUCAAGUGGAGAGUGGAUGUAGCUAUAUCCACAAGUUCACUGGCCCGUGCACUUCAACCAUCCAUUUUAAUGCUGAUGAAGCUUUCAGAUGGGACAGCUCAUCGCUUUGAAGUGCCAGUUGCAAAGUUUCAGGAGCUGAGAUACAAUGUUGCCCUUAUACUGAAGGAAAUGAAUGAUUUGGAGAAAAGAAGCAUAUUGAAGAUCCAGGACUGAACACUUCUAAAUCGGGAGUUUACAGAACAGAUCCGAAACCCUCAGUGAAUUUUGUGAAUGGUAAAGCAGAGGACCAUCACCGCUUUGCCUGUCUGAAGUGCAAUGUAGCAUUUAUGAUGUCUGUUGUAAAUAUUUUUUCAAGUCAAGUGUUAAAAGCACAAGCUCUUUUCUUAAGACUUAAAAACAAAAAAUAUAUUGAUGGAAAAAGUAUAAUCCUAUUUGUGACCAUUUUUGCAUGAUUCAUCAAAACAUUUUUAAAUAACUGUCUUAAUAGAUGUAAGAACCAUUUCUUCCUGAUUAUGAUUCAUCACUCUAAUUGUUUUUGAAAGCCUGCUCCCAGAAGCCCCAUCAAUGUGUAUCAGAAGAAAGCCCUGCAAUGUCUCAAAUAAAAAAAAAAUAAAAAUAAAAAAAA